CCGGUGCGCAGCCGGUGAUGUGAUCCGAUCUGCGAAAAAUAAAAAAAAAAAAACGGUGUCGUCUGCGCAUAUACCUCUCUUGUCCAUUGAACCCCCUCAUCUCGUUCCCACAAGACACGCGCCACCUGCAUUUAAAACAGUCCCCACGAUCGCACGUUCUUGCCCGUCCUCCGUCUUGUUUUUCCGGCACAGAAACGUGCCAACCAGUGGCAGAUUUCGUCUGACAUCAUGGAUAACGAAGUCCCUCUGCCCCCGCCCCGGCGCAUCCGGCAUCGCUCCCCAACGAAAACCCCCGUCGCGUCCGGCUCGUCGCUUCGCAAGACGUAUCAGCUCUCGCGCUUUGAUGACCGUUCCAGCCAGCCGUCGAGUGACCCCGCGCUCUUUUCAAGUGAUGAUAUCCCCGCGUCUGGUCUAGAGAACUACCAUGCACCUAUCCCCUCCGGGAGCAGGAAACGACGAUACCGCGGCACUUGGUGGGGCGAGAUGGUGAAGGAUCCGAAGCGGAAGAGGGCGGAUUUCAAGGAGAAGCGACAUGUGGAUAGCGGUGUAUGGAUGGGCAGCGAUGAAUCCGGAGCGGAUUCCCUGUUGCCGUCGGAAGAUCCGUCGAUGUGGGGUGAGGAGUUGCUGAAGGAUACAACCAGUUCUACAGUAACAGGGAGCGGGGCUGAUGUCCCUAUGCGUGAUAGCGACCGGUGGACAGCACAAAGUCAGCCAUGGACGCAGCGGAGUGGUCUGAAAAAGGUCGAGGAGCCCAAAGAGCAUCAGGCGGCACGGAAUAUUGUCAACGAAUGCUUGGAAAGUGGACAGGAUAGCGUCGACUUAAGUAAUUGUUAUCUGAGGAUUCUCCCUCCUGGCUUGCUGCGGCCUUUGCAGCAUCUCACUAAACUCCCUGCUAUCAUCGAACCUCCUAUCACCGAAGAUGUCUACAGCUCCUUACAACCCUUCCUGCGUUUAUUCCUUACCGGCAAUUCUCUGCAAUCAGUGCCUGGGGAAUUGUUCGAGCUUGGCUCCCUGAAAGUCCUUAGUCUUCGCUAUAACAAACUCACCGAGAUCCCACCGGCGAUAAGAAAGUUGACCUUGUUGCAAGAAGUUAAUCUUGCCGUCAAUCGCCUGCAAUACCUUCCGUGGGAGCUGUUGUGGCUGAUCAAGAAGGGUGACCUGAAACAUAUGAUAGUCCGGCCCAACCCGCUCCUGCAGAUCCACGAGGCAGAGAUUGCCCAGUGGCAUUCACCGGAGGGCACAGAACUGGACUUACCAGAGGGAACAUUGAAGCUUUGUGACUAUGAGGGUCCAGCGCCCGAGGAAGCGUGGGCUCCCAUUCACGUUGCCACCGGUCCUGUCCGCCGAUUUAAUAUGGAGGGCAUGCCGGCCGAUGCUCCAGCUAGCGGCAUGAGCGCUAGUCAACCGGAUCAACAAGAAUCCCGGGUCCCGUCUCUACGGGAAAUAUCUCUUCUGGCGUGCACGCGGUCGACCUUCUUCGACCAGGUCUCAGAUGAAGAGAUGGCUGACUAUCCUGGCUUGAUACUCCGCUUGCUCCGACAGGCCAAGGAGGUUUGGAGCGGUGGUGGCCGGUCAUGCUCGGUGUGCCACCGGAGCUUUGUGCUUGCUCGCACUGAGUGGAUUGAAUGGUGGGACUGCAGUACAUAUGAAAGUGGACUGAAAGGGCCACGCUGUCCGGGUGACAAACUUCGUCCCCUCCCUUUCCGCCGACUAGGUUGCAGCUGGGCCUGCGUGCCGAACGCUGAGGCGGAUCAACAGUCUCAGGAAGACAUGCAGCUGUGAGAGGACUAGUACUGAUAAUUCGGGGCUCGAUUCUGUUGUAUAGAUAUAUGCCUUGGGCGGGCAAUAUUUCUAAAUGCCCAGUAUAGUAUUCGGGUCAUCUAUUCACAUAGGGUGUAUA